GAUCGAAAUGUUGGCGGCUGCGCACUGGUGCGUUGUCGUUAGGACCGCACACGUCCACUUGAGAAAAUCGCGUGGGUGGGCGCUGAAAUGCGUGUUUACGCUUUCGAUCGGUCAGCACCGUGAUUCCAGCUUCCUGGGGAUGUCUGUCCUUGGGUGCGUGUCCGUAUACGUUCCUCGCGCGCGCUUCAAACGCUUCCGUGUUCCAACUGCGGAACUUGUUCACUUAUUGAAUUUGCGGCGAACAAACGUGGGUGCGGUUACAUCCCAGACCUUUGUGCGGUCACUGGAUAAUGUGAAUGUCCAACCAAGUCACGCACCUACUUCGUGUCAGGUUGCUUGACCUCCUUUCGCAACGUUCUUCGGUGUACAAGUUAUCCAAAUUUUUUCGAUCACAUUUAGCUAUGCGCAGUAGUCAGACGGAUCAUGUAAACCCGGACAACGUAGAUGGUCCAUCUCUGACACCACGCACUCCGUGCCAUUUCAUUGCUCAACCAGCCCUCUCCGGCAACACAGGCUUGGAACGAACCACGCCUUUUACGCAGGCAACUACUAUUCCCACAUCAUUCCAAAUCGCUGUGCAGUUGCUUAACAGUAUUGCAGAUUUCGAACAUGACGAAUCAAGUCAAACUAAUACUGCGGAUACUAUAUCGGGCCGGCCUAGUGGAACGAGCGCGGGGCUGCAGUCUCUGACUCGGCGUUUGAUAAGUCUUGCCUCUUCCGUUUCGGUGGCGAAUACAACCCACACUAAUUCAUCUUGCACUAACUCUGAUGCUCACUUAGGGCAAGCGAACAGAGCCGCUCGGGAUCGACCCCCACCCUCCGCCUCCAAAAGUGAACUGGCUACCGAGUCACUUACUUCCCCUUUGGACGGUACUGUACAUAGCAGCACUCUAACCCCGAUUUCCAUCCCGUGGUCUGCUACAGCUUCACCCACAGCUGUGGCGACCUUUCAGAACGCGUUGGCGCAGAUGGCAGUGCUCGGAUUAUCUUCCCAGACCUUUGACAACGGAAUUGAUAUCGUGCGAACUACAACUGCAUCACCAACAGAUCAUUCAGGCUGUAAUCCAUCUUCCACACUGAAGAGAGAUACAGUGCACACUGAGCCCGGCACCGAUUCCUUUACGGAGGAGGCUUUGUCACAGCAUGCUACGCAAGAGUCGGGGUCCAAAGUGAUCAUCCGUCAGACUGCGGACGCUGAUGAGCACUUUUUCAAAGCUCUCCGCGGACUCAAAGUCGAUGUAUCAAGUGAUACAAGACCAAUGACCACAAGACUUCCAACCACCGCUUCACCUCUGGACUCCAAAAGCAGGUUGGAGAACGCACGCGCAGCUGCUGAGUUGGCCGUAGAAGAACAUUUCGAGAAAUCCUUGGCAGCUUUUCCUGGUUUUACGAAUCACCGUGGGAUUUUCUGCAACGAGAAAACAUCCAUACUGGAAUUGCCAUCUGCCUGUUCUAGCGUCAAAGCUCACGCGAAAAGUUCGAAAUCUGUUGGUUAUUCUAAUGGUUCCUCUACGUUCAAGCAGAAUAGCCAAACGGGGGUAGCUGCCAGAAAGCAACAAUUAUGGCAGAGUUCCCCGCUGCAUACCGACUGCACGGGCGCCAAUAGCCCAUCUUCAGAGAUCCCCAAACCUCCACCUUAUAGUCGACAGAACGCACUACACUACAUCCAGUCUUAUAUGUCAUCAGGUCUGGAUCACCCACCGAUCACAUCGUCUAUAUUUUCUGGAACUAUUAAAGACGCUGAAGAAAUGAGUCAGCUUGUAGAAGCAUCAUACAAACAAGAAAUGUCGGAAAAAGACUCUUUGUCGAAUGCUCCUACGAUGACGUCGGGAACAGCCGCGCAUAAUUCCUUCAAACCCAAGAAGAACUGGAUGGCGCAGUACGGUGAGAAGGCAAGUAACUGUGACGAAACGCUAGUGGAGCCAGUUGGAGUUGAUGCUUUUGGCCGCGAUCUAUCCUUCACUUUGCCUAUUUCUUCCGUUUCACCAAGUAUGCCGAUUGUUGAAAGAGAACUUGGUGUCUCUUAUUUGGGAAUUCACCCAGACCAGCAUGAUUCUAAUGAAGCGUCCCAAUUUCGAGCGAGACACCGAUAUCACGCUAAAGAGAUGAAAAAAUUAACCAAUACGGAAUCACAUAAUUACACAACGAGUAGAGAAAACAGCGUCAUGAAUGCUACCGAGAGUACUGCUCAACACGGUUCCUUAUGCUUGGAAAAGGCGAAGAUAACAAAUGCUCAGGAUCAUCGCGGUGCGUUCGAUUGGUACCAUUUAUCAAAGCAUCAAGUGAAUGAUAAACUUCCAAGACCUCAACAACCUGUCGAUCUCCAAACCCAGCGUAUUCAAAGACAGGAUAUAAAAAGCUCAGCACGUUUUUUAACAGAUUGGACAGCUCCUGCAAUUAACGAUGAGCGCAGCGUACAUGAAGUGGAUACUAACCUCGAUGGUCACACGGAGGCACAUGGUGCAGUCCCCAUUGGUCGUUCUACCUGCGACGUGCUCUCUUCACGGUUGGGAGAUGAUACUAAGUCCCUGACGAACUGGGGUUUGUCCAAUUCUUCGUCCCCAUCGCCAGCUCCAGAAGAAAGCCCGUCGAAUUCGGCCAUCACUCCAGUUUCUGGAGCAAACUCAGGUUUUUUCAGUGGUUCCACAUAUAGUCUCGAUUCUGCUCUCAGUCAUACACAAAGUUCGGCAUUUGAAGCAAGGGAAUCCGACAGUGGCAUUGAUGCCAAAUCAAUUUCGUCCGCAACCGAUGACCAUAUUUUCUGUCAUUCGAAGUCACAUACAUUGACGGAGUCGUCGAUGAAUCUAAACGGCAUAGAGCAAACCGGUUACUUGUGCGGGUUGAGAAAGCGGGCAUCCUCCGAGAUCAUCCCCUGGUCCACAAUGAAGAGGUCUAGAUCUGUUCUCACCUCUCCGGUUUCGUGUAGUGACCCGUUUCGUUCAUGCAGCCCAGGAGCAAAUGACCUCAUACAUUCGAUGGACUGCGAUUUCAUACCAGCCAACAAAAGGUUUGCAUUGCUUAGUGAAUAUACAUCCCGCUCAAUGGGCGGGAAAAGUCGUCCACUGACUCCCGACAUGACCAUUUUACAGCCCAUCAAAAGUGAGUCAACCUCCAGUAAAACCUCAGAUUGUUCUCCCCAAGGCAGUACACAAUUGGAAGAUGGUGAUUCAUGUCUACCUCGGUCGUGUACCCUUUAUCCUCAAUCUUACGAGUCAAAGUCGAAGAUUCAGCCGAACACACUAUCGAAAAAACCCAGUGUACCCAUGACUGGCAGGUCCGUCUAAGUACACAGCUGCCUGUUGUGACAUAAAAGUCCUUUUUCUCCACUUACAUAGGAGCAACGAGUGAAAAAGAACUUUCAAGUUCAUUUCACUAGAUUCACUGAUUUUCGUGCGCUACACCCCUUUUCCUGUAUCAUACAUCUGGUAACCAUAUCUUUGUCCUUGUAUGUUCUCGAUAAAUUAAACGUUUCAUGAAGCCCGAAAUAGGUUAUACCUUAAGAUGACUGUUGGAAUCGUGCCAAAUUUGCACAUCGGUCAUUUCGAUCGGCGAAGGGGCAAUUGAUACACAUCUCCUUCCAUUCCUCAAUGCAUAUCUGGUAGUGCAUUCACACAUGUGUCGGCAAGAAUUGCACAAAUCUGUAACGUUCUUGUUUCGUGAUUUUCUCUAUGUAAACUAGGUAACAUCUGGAUAUGUCUAUUUACGGCGCCCAAAUUAUCAUCCGUCCCAAUAGACAACUUUGCACCGAUGGACGGAACCCGGUUUGUCCCAGCGCUAGUCGCGGGGUGACUGUACUCUUUUAUGUCGUGCUAAGGUGUUUGUUUUCAAAUCUCUGUUAAACAUCUUGCAAAAAUCCACGCAUUCACAAGAGCAGCUAUAUUGUUUUCGCUCACUUCCACUUGGUUUAGUCCGUGUUUUGUUCUGUCCUCUUUUCUCCACGCCGUGAUGAAAAUGUUUUGUACACAAAACAAAAUAUACAGCAAUCAUUACUG